AUGGAAAAAUGUAAUGUUCCAGCGAUAUUUUGUUUCAUCCACUUUUCUUUUGCUUCCGCAUUUUAUCCAGGAAGUGGGAUGCACGAACUGACGGCAUUCAAACUGAAAAACGUGGAAGGGCAACAGUUUAGAGGCAACAAAACCCAGCCUGACUUCUUCUACAACAUUCUUUUCGACAACGAUCAGAUGCUUGUUGGGGCCAGAAAUCACAUAUUCUUCAUUGACCUGCUCAAAUUCAGCGAAAUCAAGACUUUCAAUAAUGGUAGCGCUCAUGGCGAGAGCAUGGCCCGCAGAUCCACCACUGUGCUGCAAAGAUUUAAGUAA